CUUGGCAGUUACAAGGGAGAGGGCAUUGUCAGCGGCACCCCUGAGAACGUAUGGGAAUGUCUCAAACCAGAUCCCAAUGGGCUCCGAGUCAAGUGGGACAGCAACGUCAAAAAGUUUGAGCUUCUUGAACAGAUCAAGGAGGAUAUUUCCAUCUGCCGGACAGUCACACCCUCAGCCGCUAUGGGUAUCAUAGCUCCACGUGACUUUGUAGAUGUUAUUUUAGUUAAGCAAUAUGAAGAUGGCAGUAUUUCAUCUAAUGCGACCAAUGUGAUUCAUCCUAGUUGUCCUCCCCAUCCUGGCUAUGUGAGAGGAUUUAACCAUGCAUGUGGCUGCAUUUGUAUCCCCAUCUCAGGGGAGCCCAGCAAAACUCAAGUGUCCAGUUUCUUCCAGACAGACCUGGGUGGCCUCCUUCCACGCUCUGUGGUUGACUCAUUUUUCCCAUCUAGCAUGACCGAGUUCUACAGCAACCUGGCCAAAGCUGUAAAAUCUCUUAAGGACAUUUGAGACAAAGAGCAACCAAGUUUUCCCCCACUGUAUUAUAAGCCUGGUGGGCUGCCAGGCUUUACUUGCCCCCCACCAGGCCAAGCAUUGAUGUUUUUCUUACAAAAAAAUAAUCGCUUUUAUAUUUUUUUAUACCCCACAUAAAGCAAAAAUAGUAAAGAUGCUUUGCUCAGCUCAGCAAAGUAUCUUUGUUGGUCUGAGCUUUUCACCAACAGAACAGAAUCAUUCCUAAAAGGGAUUUAUGCAUUGAAUAGGGCAUGAAGCUGCCAAUGUGCACCAUUCGCACCGCUGGCGCCUGUUGGCCGCCUACUGCGCUGCUGCAGCUGAAUCUAUCAAGUUUACCUCGUCGCAGAUUGCGCGCCCUGCAUUUCACUCAAACUAGAUGUUUUGGCAGGUGUUUUUUUUCUGAGAAGCUUAACCUGCAUUUAUAACAACCCCCUGUGAGGAAUCAUGUUUCUUUGGAGAAUACUUCAGUAAGGUAGGAGUCAAGUUUGAAAGUCACCACUCUGUUUGCACUAGCUCAAUGUGCAACAUAAAUGUAACCUAUAGUUCGACUUUCAGAUGUGGGUGCAGUGGAGUGACAAUGAUAUAUCUUUGUGUGGCAUGUGCGUUUCCAUCUCACACAUGCUGGCCCAGCGCUGGGCCACAUAUAUUAGCUGCGCUGAUAAAGCUUAUAUAUGUGUUCCUCGGUGAGGCAGUGCGAUAGUGGUAAAGGCCAUGGAGGAGCUGUUGCGUUCUCCUCAGUCAUGCAGCAUGAUGGUCUUUUUGUUCGUUUUCUGUCUUAUGCAACCACACAAUGCAUCAAACUGCACCAUAUCAAAUGCUGUUCCGGUCAGUCAGAAGUGCUGUGCGCAACUGUGCAGAGAUCAGAAAAACUCAUCUCAUAAUGCCCGGACUACCAAAACAAAAAGUCUCUGUGGCGCUUAUUAUAAACUCAACAUACACAAACUAGAACAGCUUUGUCUCUACUAGAGCGACAAAUUUAAUCUCUCCAUUUGACCCUCUGUAUCCAGCAGAGAGGUGCGGCGUGCAGUGGAUUUAGCUCAUCAUGCAGGGUACUGCAUCACUAACGGCAUUGCAGAACAGAUUUAGUAAAAUGUGGGAGAGGGGCAUAGUUUAACUGGUUGAGUUUAAAAGCAAUCAGUGAUAAUUGUAAUUUGCUGAGAUAUUUUUGUGAUCAAACAGAGCUCAAACUCAAGAUUAAACUCAGAAU